AUGGAUCCACCGUCUAAUCCUGCACCCCCACAGGAUGAUCCGUCCGCCAAGCGCAAACGCGCGGGGAGAAAAUAUACAUCUCGAGCCUGUGAAGAAUGCCGCCGACGAAGAGCAAAGUGCGAUGGUAUGCGACCAUCAUGUUCUCGGUGUCUUGACCGAGGUUCUCGCUGCCAAUAUUCGACGGCCGAAGACGGGAGGCAACCGGCCCCGAAGUCAUAUGUAGUGAUGCUACGUAAUAGAAUCGAGCUCCUGGAGCGUGUUCUGCGAAAUCAUGGCAUUGAUGCGGAAGCUUCUGUUGCGGAAUUGAUGGUCGAGGCUGAGCUUUUCAAUCAGCAGACAGAUUCUAACCAUGCGGUGGAUGAUUUAUGCGUGACUUUUGAUGGUGCACUUACUAUAGAUGAAUCUUUGAACUUUGAUCAAGAUGGCGAAGUUCGUUAUUUUGGACCGACUAGUGGACGCUUGCUGUUUCAGUCUUCGACGACUACCUCCCCCGAGGAAGAUACUCCUCCAACAGAUGCUUCCUAUACCGGGGGCUCUGGAGUCACACCAGAUACUCCUGAUUUGAUAUCUCCGCACUGUGCUACAAAGUAUCAUGAAUGCCCCUUUGAGCCCGAUGCGCCCCCAAUCUCCGAAGAGCUCCAGGCCCAUUUGAUCAAUCUAUACUUCGAUUGGGACCAACCAUGGCUGCAAGUUGUGAAUGAGCAGCUGUUUCGCGAAAGCCUAGCCUCUGGGGGUCGAUACUGCAGUCCUCUUCUGUUAAAUUGCAUUCUUGCCGUCGGUUCCCGAUAUUGCGAUAGAAUAGAGGUUCGGACAGACCCCAAUGAUUCCAACACAGCGGGCAAAAUGUUUAUUUGCGUGGCGGAGAGGCUUAUAAACAACGACCUUCGCUGGCCCAAGAUUACAACUAUUCAGUCCUUGACAAUCAUGGGAAUGUAUUAUAUUGCAACGGGAUCUGAUGCAGCAGGCUGGCUUCAACAAGGUAUGGCUAACCGCUUGGCCAUUGAUAUGGGCUUCAACAUGGACCCUGCGGUUCUCACAGGGACUGUUUCUCUUCCGGCGAUUGAAAUCGAGUUACGAAGGCAAAUUUACUGGGCGUUGUACUGCCAUGAUAAGUUGUCGGCCUGCUAUACAGGGAGGGUCUGCACACUGUUGGACUCCCAAGGUGCUGUGAAUAAGCCCGAUCUGGAGUGCGUCUCUGGUGUUCAAUUGCCUUCUGCCAACGGACAGCUGCGAGCAGCUAAUCAGAAGACUGUCACUCAGCUGCAGAGGUCAAUGAUUGAUCUAUGCCGCAUCAUCGAAAAGAUCCUACGUUCUCUAUGGUCCCCUAAACCACUUCUCCAUUGUCAUCAACGAGCUGCAUUCUUCGACACCGCCCUCCUCGAACUAAAGACGUGGUACUACGACCUCCCAUCCGAGCUGAAGGUUGACCGUCCAUCAGGACCCUCCCGAUUCCCGCACGCUUUUACCUUGUCAAUGGUAUAUCACCAGGCAGUUAUCUUACUCUGCUGCCCAUUCGUUUCCUCCAACACGCAGUCCACAUCCCCCAAAAAUGGUGAUACCGUGCAACAGUCACCACAGCCAAACGAUAAACAAUCACCAAACUCACGAUACGCAAAAGCCCUUUCAAGCUGCAGCAACUCGAUUCGAGUAAUGUGCUGCAUCGCACAAAGAUAUCGGCAGACAUUUGGCAGUUUCAAGCUCAGCCCCAUCACCGCUACACAUUGCACGUUAUCCACAGCGCUGAUGCUCAUCGAGCUAUGUUGCGCUGCUAAGCCCGUCGCCAAGCAUUCCCCAACAGAUGACGGGCCGCACCGAUUACCUCCACAUGCUGCGGUAGCUCUAUGCUUCCAGGUUCUGCGAGAGCUGUCUACAUCGUGGAAUAUCGCUAAGCGUAUUGGGAGGAAUUUGGAGAGGGUUUAUAUCGAGAGAUAUGGUUCUGAACAUCUGGCGUUCAUGCCAAAAGAGGGAGAAGAAAAUGGCCAGGUUCUGCUUGAGGAACCCAAGUUUACCACCGCAGGCGAUUUCACAAUCCCCAAUCUGGAGAUGUUUGAUGAUAUCCUCAAUGCCAGGCCAUUCCUCACUGAGGAUCCACUACAAGUUGGCGUCGAAAUACCCGUUGAGUUUAAUCAACCACCAAAUUUCAGUCGACCUGGCAUACCUGCCAUGGCAUUGCAUUCCUCUGGGGAUACCCAGAACUUUCCGAAUCAAGACGAGGCAUUUGUGAAUAGUCAUGGAUAUGCGUUCUCCCUGGACUCUCUGCCGAGUGAUUACAAUAUGUUCGACACGUUGAAUCAAAUGUAUCUAGAGGACAGUUGGUAA